AUGGUUCAAACAAGAUCAAAAUAUCGUUUACUUCAAAGUAAUGCAGCAGCAGUAGUAUCGGGAGAAGCAAAACAACUAUCCUCAUCAACACCACAACCUGUUAAGCGGAAAAGAAAAUGGAACUAUGAUAACAAUGAUGGAGAUGCAGGAAUAAUAAUAAAUUCUACUACUAGAAAAAACAGAAAGGACACGAGAUAUAUCCAUCAAUCAAUACAAUCACCGCUAUCUCCACUACCUGAUCUUUCAACAGUUCUUUCAUUAGAAGCAGUUGAUCAUGCACUUGAUAGUAGUGACAAAGAAGAUCAACAUCUUGCCACUUCAUUUGUUGUGCUUGAAUCAAGUGAUUCUGAAGACGAAAACUUCGACACUAAUCUUCAUUUACAACAACAAAUAUUAAUUGAUGCUUUUAAUCAUGAAGAAAGUGGUUCAGAAAUUUCACAAUCAAAUAUAAAUGUUGAUUCAACUGCACCAAAUACUGCUUUAAUGCAACAAUCAGAUUCAUGGCCAAUUGAAAAAGGUGAUUUACAAUGGACAAAGACGAAGAAUGGCAAAGAUUGUUUAAUUAUCGGCAAUUUUAGCUAUAUACACAUGUCUGAAUCACAGAAGAAAAACACACUCAAUUUAAGAUGUCAACGACGUGAUACAAAAUGUGGUGCAGUUGUACAUUUAAUUUUGGAUACACGUUUGUUCAUCGAUACUAACAGUGUCAAUCAUAAUCAUCUUCCUGAUAGAUUUGGUAUGAAACAGAAAUGUUUGAAUCAGAAAAUUGGUGACAGAAUUGCUAUUGAACCAACUUCAGUUUUAAAAAUUAUUGAACGUGUAUAUGCCGAAGCAAACUUAACAGAUGAAGAACAACUGCAUAUACGUUUGCCCAAAACAGUAGCUAAUACUUUUUAUAAAAGAAGAUCACGUCGUUAUCCAUCACAUCCGAAGACACAAGAUUUUGAUAUUCCUGAUUUUUACAGCAAAACUUUUCGUGGAGAAGAUUUGAUAAUAUAUGAUAGUAAUAAAGAACAGUAUGAAGGACGUUUAUUGAUGUUUAGUACACCAAAACUGUUAUCUGCUUUAUUUAACUCUGAUAUUAUCCUAUGUGAUGGAACUUUCAAGACCCGACCAUUAUUGUUUCAACAAGUUUAUGUUGUAAUGGGAAAAUAUCAUGGUGAAACAAUUCCUCUAUUGUGGUGUUUAACUUCCUGUCGAACUCAGUCAGUAUACGAUGCUAUUUAUAAAAGAUUAAAAAAAAUUGCUAAACAAAUGCAAAUGGAAUGGAAAAUGACACAAUGUAUGAUGGAUUUCGAACGUGCCGUUAUGAAUUCUUUUCAGGAAGCAUUUCCAAACAUUGAUCUGAAAUGUUGUUGGUAUCAUCUCGUACAAUCUCUCUGGAGAAAAAUCCAGAAACUCGGUCUCACUAUUCCAUAUGAAACAGAUCCACUAGUUAAUUCAUGGUUGAGACAAUUUAUGGCUUUACCAUUAAUUUCAAAAGGGUUAAUUAAUGAUGCUUUACAGCUCUUGAAAGACACUAUUCCUUCAAAUGAUAAUAAAUAUCAAAAAUUCAUCCAAUAUUUCGAAAAGGAAUAUAUGAAACGUACUUCUAUUGAUUUAUGGCAUCAUGGCUGUAACGACAUGAAAACAAAUAAUUCUUUAGAAGGAUACAAUUUUAGAUUAUUAACACGGUUUGGAUUACAUCCAUCAAUAUGGGAAUUCAUGCAUUUUUUAAAAGAUGAAGAAGCACUUGUUUCACAUCGGAUUACACAUUUAGGUGGAGGAGGGGGGACUACUUCUAGUACAUUAGUUUAUUCAUCUGUACAAUCUAGAAGAAAAGUAAACAAACAUAGAAAGCACUUGUUAAAUUUAGAAGAUUUGUUUGUGUCAAAAUCUAUUGGUUUGAAAGAAUACUUAAAAUCUGCCUCGUUAAUAGUUGGUAAAGCUGUUGCACAAAAUACAAAUAUAAAUACCAUUGAUCAAGCAACAGUAGAUGUAUGUUUAGUCGAAGAUGAAGAUCGGGACGAUUGA